AUGCAAAUCAAGUCAAUUUUUGUUUGUAAGUGUGUUGUUGCUGAAGCUGAAAAUUUUGCUGAAGCAGACGAACGAGAGCUAUUCAUUGAACAAUUUGGUCAGAUACAACCGCGAAUCCAUGAUGACGGGUAUUACUAUGACCCAUUGGAUGAAGAAUAUUUGCAGGCAGAAGAUGAGUAUAAGGAAGAAGAAGAAGAAGAAAUUGAAGAUAGUAUUGAGGAUUCUGAUGAUGAUGAUUUAUCAUCAGAUCCUGAACGGAUCUAUUCUGAUCGUAACCUCGAACUCAUGCCAUGCAGUUGGUCAACGAUGACUCCAUUUAGAGACGCUUUUUCACUACAAUCAUGGGAGUUGGAAUUAACAGAAUUGCUUCAGAAUGAUUCUGACAGAUUUGUUUGACGACUGUACAAUGACGUCUAUAAUAUAACGUUGAAUCGUGAACUAGCGAGUAGCGUACCCGUGUUGUAUUAUAGACGUCAUUUGUUUAGGUCAAUAUCAAAUUUGUUGGGUCGGCUUGAAGAACCCAACCGUUUGGGAGAUUUGGUCCGUGCAAAUUUUUUUUUUGCUACACCUAUGAGGAGGUUAAACUCUCAAUGAAUAGGUGGAGUAGAAAUUUUGUAUGGGCCAACUAUAAAAAGGUCAACAUCCGAAUGGCAAUGGACGGAAGAGCGGUGUCCACUCACAUUUUUGUUUGCAACACAACUAAUAGUCAAUGUGCUGAAAUGAUGGAGUUAAUGGACCGUCCUAUUGAAAUCGUUACAUCGCAUAAAGAAAUAUUCAGACAUGAAACCACUUUGAUUGAAUUAUGUAACUUUAAAAGAUGUGCACACUGCCUUAAACGGUUAAAUAUUUGGUUAAAUUUUAAUG